GCCCGGGGUGUGUAUGUGUGAGUGUAUGUGCGCGGUUCUGUGCGCCUGUGUGAGUGAGUGUGGAGGGAGUGAAGAUAAGGGAAAAGAGGCGGGCAGACGGGUGCCGCCCCCAGGGAGGUGCAGGCCUGGGGGUGGGGUGGGAGGAAAAAGAAGGCUGCCGGGCUGCCUGGGAGCCGAAGGGACAGUGCGGCGGCGGUGGCCGCAGGGUGCAGCGUGGCAACGUUGGCAGCGGGUGGUAAGGGAAAAGGAGGCUAAGUGAAGGGACUUAGGGUGUGAGGGAAGGAAGGAAGGAAGGAAGGAGGGAGGGAGAGAAGAGAGGUUUUUGCCCGGCCGGGGCGCUGCUGUCGUUCCUCGGUGCCCGCCGCAGUGUGCUGGGUGCGCGUAGCCUCCAGGCUCACUCGCCCGCUCGCCCGCCCAGGCUGCGCCCGCUCGCUUCCUCUCCCGCACGCCCGCUGGCGCCUCACUCGCCAGCCUACUAGCCAGCGCUCUCAUUUGCUCUAGUCGCCGCCGCCCGUCGCCGCCGCCGCCGUCGUGGUCGUGGUGGUCGUCGCUGAGGUGGUCGUUGGUCGUCGCCAGCUCUUCCCCAGGAUGAUGCGCAGGAACCUCAACCGCUUUUGUGGAGUGGAAGAUCAGCGACUUGUUGCUCGAACAAUAUUCAUUGGUCAGCAGCUAGUUCCAGAACCAGAAUCUUAUGUCCCAGAAAAAUUUUGUAAUAACCGGAUUGUCUCCUCCAAGUACACAAUUUGGAACUUUCUCCCAAAGAAUCUUUUUGAACAGUUUCGAAGAAUUGCAAAUUUUUAUUUCCUGAUCAUUUUCCUAGUCCAGGUCACGGUAGAUACACCAACCAGCCCAAUCACCAGUGGACUUCCACUUUUCUUCGUGAUAACUGUCACUGCCAUAAAACAGGGAUAUGAAGACUGGCUUAGACACCGAGCUGACAAAGAAGUAAAUGAAAGCAUUGUCUAUGUUAUUGAAAAGGGAAGACGACUUAAGAAAGAGAGUGAAGCCAUCGAGGUUGGCGAUAUUGUUGAGGUGCAAGCAGAUGAAACGUUUCCUUGUGAUCUCAUUCUUCUGUCAUCAAGCAAUGAGGAUGGGACCUGUUAUGUUACCACGGCUAGUCUUGAUGGGGAAUCCAAUUGCAAGACGCAAUAUUCUGUCCGUGAUACCAGUUCACUUAACACGAUUCAUUCCUACGGUAAAAUCAGUGCCACCAUUGAGUGUGAGCAGCCUCAACCUGACCUAUACAAGUUUAUUGGAAGGAUAAAUAUCUAUCGUAAAAAUGUAGAUCCUGUUGUCAGGUCUUUGGGACCUGAAAAUCUAUUGCUGAAAGGAGCUACUCUAAAAAAUACCAAGAAGAUUUAUGGAGUUGCUGUUUACACAGGAAUGGAAACCAAAAUGGCUUUGAAUUACCAGGGGAAAUCUCAGAAGCGUUCCGCUGUGGAAAAGUCUAUCAAUGGCUUCCUGAUCGUGUACUUGUGCCUUCUCGUGUCCAAAGCUGCUAUUUGUACCACACUGAAGUACGUCUGGCAGAGUGUCACCCACAAUGAUGAGCCUUGGUACAAUGAAAAAACCAAGCAUGAUCGAGAAACUAUCAAGGUUCUGAAAGUAUUUACAGACUUCUUAUCAUUUAUGGUCUUGUUCAACUUCAUCAUCCCAGUUUCCAUGUAUGUUACUGUGGAAAUGCAGAAAUUCCUGGGCUCCUUUUUCAUUGCUUGGGAUAAAGACUUUUAUGAUGAAGAAAUAAAAGAAGGAGCUCUGGUCAAUACAUCCGACCUCAAUGAAGAGCUUGGUCAGGUGGAAUAUGUAUUUACUGACAAAACUGGGACACUUACUGAAAAUACAAUGGAAUUCAUCGAAUGUUGCAUAGAUGGUCACCGGUAUAAGCCUGAUCCAGUAGAGACAGAGGGGUUCUCUGAAACUGAUGGAAUUCAGCCUGAUUCUUCCAGAGCAGAAAAGAGUCGGGAGCAGCUCUUUCUUCGUGCCCUGUGCCUUUGCCAUACUGUGGAAACACAGAUGAAAGAUGAUAUUGAUGGAAUCUUCGAAGAUACCGAGUUAACGUAUAUCUCCUCAUCCCCUGAUGAAAUUGCUUUAGUAAAGGGGGCUAAAAAGUAUGGGUACACCUAUUUGGGAAUUAAGGAUUACCGCAUGAGAUUGGAAAACCAACAGAAUGAAAUUGAAGAGUAUGAACUUCUCCAUACUUUGCCCUUUGAUUCUGCCCGAAGACGUAUGAGUGUGAUUGUGAGAAAUGCCCGAGGUGACAUAUUUCUCUUCUGUAAGGGAGCAGACUCAACUAUCUUUCCCAGAGUGCAAAGAGGACAGAUAGAAAUGACUAAGGUCCAUGUGGAACGCAAUGCAUUGGAUGGAUAUCGAACACUGUGUGUGGCCUACAAAGAAUAUACCCGUGAGGAAUAUCGUAUAAUUAACCAGAAGAUCCUUGAAGCCAAGAUGGCUUUACAAGAUAGAGAAGAAAAGUUGGAAAAGGUGUUUGAUGAAAUCGAGAAUGACAUGAAUUUGAUUGGAGCUACUGCAGUAGAAGACAGGCUUCAGGAUCAAGCUGCUGAGACUAUUGAAGCCCUGCACAAGGCAGGUAUGAAAGUCUGGGUGCUUACUGGGGAUAAGAUGGAGACUGCCAAGUCUACCUGCUAUGCCUGCCGCCUCUUCCAGACCAACACUGAACUCUUGGAAUUGACCAGUCGGACCAUUGGAAGCAGUGAGAGAAAGGAAGAGCGUCUGCAUGAGUUGCUGGUUGACUAUCAUAAGAAGCUGUUAUUUGAUUUCCCAAAACGCAGGAGCAUCAAAAAAGGGUGGGGAGAACAUCAAGAAUACGGAUUGAUUAUCGAUGGUUCGACUUUGUCGCUAAUAUUAAAUGCUAGCCAAGACUCUAUUUUGACUAAUUACAAAGCUAUCUUUUUGCAAAUUUGUAUCCAUUGCACUGCUGUUCUCUGCUGCCGGAUGGCCCCUCUGCAGAAAGCACAGAUUGUCAAAAUGGUGAAGAACAUCAAAGGCAGCCCAAUUACCCUGUCUAUUGGCGAUGGUGCUAAUGAUGUUAGCAUGAUCUUGGAGUCUCAUGUAGGAAUAGGUAUCAAAGGCAAAGAAGGGCGUCAAGCUGCAAGAAACAGUGAUUAUGCUGUGCCCAAGUUUAAACACUUAAGGAAACUGCUGCUAGCCCAUGGGCAUUUAUACUAUGUGAGAAUUGCACACCUGGUGCAGUAUUUCUUCUAUAAGAACCUUUGUUUCAUCCUGCCACAGUUUUUGUACCAGUUCUUCUGUGGAUUCUCCCAACAGCCAUUGUAUGAUGCAGCGUACCUUACAAUGUAUAAUAUCUGCUUCACUUCGUUACCGAUCCUGGCCUACAGCUUGCUGGAACAGCACAUCAGCAUUGAUGUUCUCACCGCUGAUCCCAGAUUGUAUAUGAGAAUUUCUGACAAUGCCAAGCUAAAGUGGGGUCCUUUCUUUUACUGGAUGUUUCUGUCUGCCUUUGAAGGGACUGUAUUUUUCUUCGGUACUUACUUCCUUUAUCAGGCCACAUCCUUGGAAGAAAAUGGAAAGGGUUUUGGGAACUGGACUUUUGGGACUACUGUUUAUACAGUCUUAGUAUUCACUGUAACACUGAAGCUUGCCAUGGAUACUCGGUUCUGGACUUGGAUCAAUCACUUUGUGAUUUGGGGUUCCUUGGUCUUCUAUGUCUUUUUCUCAUUUUUCUGGGGAGGCAUUAUCUGGCCUUUUCUCAGGCAACAAAGGAUGUAUUUUGUAUUUGCCCACAUGGUAACUUCUGUAUCGACAUGGCUGGCAGUAAUUCUUCUGAUAUUUGUCGGCCUUUUCCCUGAGAUUCUUAUGAUAGUAGUUAAAAAUGUCAGAAGAAGGACUCCCAAGGGACUCCUCUACCCAUUACGCUCUCCCCACCAAUUUUACAGCCUGUCUUGAGCAGCAACUUUUCCAGCGAUUUGGGCCUCUCGACUCAAAGCAGUGGCUGGAGUCGUACAAGAACGUGAAUAGAGUUUUGGGCAUAUGAUGAUAAGUUUAAUAUUCCUCUCUGAGGAUCUGCCACAACACUUACCUGAGAUGUUUGGAGUAUCCGGCCAUCCAGUCACAGCUGCAGCCUUCGAGGAUGUCAGUACCAAUGACCACCUAGUGCCUCUGCCGCUGUGUAUUCUCACAGCAAUAAAAAUUCCAGUUAACAGCUUGCUUGUUUGGUGUCCUCUUUGAGGGGUAGCUCUAGGUGGGGUGGGAGCUGGCACGGGUUCAGAGAGUUGCUGUGUGCAUUAUAUCCAUCGUCUUCCCCAGGGCCCUCAGAUUCCCUUUCCCUCAUUUCACCCUGCUUCAUCCCCCCCUACAGCUUGGCAUCGACAGUCUUUAGGGCUUUAGCAGGUUGAUGGCAUCUUUAUAAAGAGAUACAGAGGUAGUUGGGAGGGGGGAGAGAAGAGGGGAGGGAGACAACAAGAAUCAUGUGACCAUGGGAAAAAUAAAAAAAAAAGACAUUCAGAGGCAGAGAGGCAGGUUUUCUGGGCUAUGAGAAUACCAGUUUUCAUAGAUGUUUUCUCCCAUGGCUAAUAUAUAAACACAUUGACUUUAUCUCCCUAGUAGUGUGUGUGUUUGGGGGUGUGAGAGUGGAUUUGGGAGCUGAUGAUAGAGUCCUUCUGAAUGCUGCCCAGAAUUCUCUCCAGGAAUCCAACCUUCCCCUCUCUCAGCACCCCUCCCCAAGAACAGUGGGUUACUCAUUGCGGCCCCUUUCAGUUCCAGUUUUUCCUUGGUUCAAAGCUGCCAUCUCCUUGGGAAAAGGAGGGGGGUUUAGACAUGUCAGUCUUUCCCCAUGUGAGUGGCAGAUGGCAUGUCCUUUGGGUUCAGCAAAACCUAGAAGGAAAGCCUGAGGAAUUUUGGUAUAGAUUCCCAUCUUACCUAGAAGAGGUAGACUGGAAGGUAGGGGCUACACCAAAGACCACAUGCUUCUGGAACAGGCAUCAGAAAUGAAAGGCAAGGGGGAGGUAAGUACUGCUUACUCCAAGGAGGCAGGUAAUGAUCUCCCUUGGUGGCCUGCACUUGGAAAAAGCACCAUAGAUGGUAUUCUGGUAUGACCUGUUCUUUUGAGACUGAAGGGCCAGUCAGAGAAAUAUGUUGGACCAAGAUAGCAAGGUAACCACUGUUCCCUACCUCCACAACCUGUUAGAAGUUCAUGUACUUUCUUUAUAGGCAGAGCCAAGGCUUUGCAUGAUGGCAUGCCCAUCUGGACAUGGGAAGCUACUUUUGAGAUGCUUACUCAGAAGCCAUGUGGUAUUUGGCAAGUGCCUGUCUCUACCUAUCAAAUGAAGGAGUUUCACUAGACAAUUCCUUGAGUCUUUUCUAGUUCUGAUGCUCUGAAUAUCUCUGACACUUAGGAGAGACCGAGUGAUGCCCACUUUGGGGUUAAAGCUGCAGCUGUCAGCAAUCAAUAUAGAACUGGCCUUAAUGUCAAGAUGUUUAGUGUGGGACACUUAUCCAAAAAUGGUUCUGCAGCAGUUCAGGACAGGCUGAGAGCUUGUGGCUCAUUAUAGUACACACUCAGUUGUGUCAAAAGGAAAAGCACACUGCCAUGAACCAUUAUGUCUCAGAGUUCAGGAAGAGGCUGGUCUGACCGCUGAAUUUAUAGGUUUUUCCCCUUUGCCAGGUGACAUGGGGACGGCAGUGGGGUGUGGUUGUAUUGCAUGAAAGUGAAUUUGAAAAAAACCAUCUGUCCUCAACCAUUCAACCUAGAUCAUCUCAUAGGGUGGAAGCAACUUCCUUUGUGAUGUACCUGGAAAUUGAUGUUGGCAUUUGGUUCCCCUUGUCAAAGGAGGUAGCCAUGGGGCAAUGGAAAGAACACUUUCGUCAGGAAUCAGGAGACCAAAGUAGGAGCCCCCACCCUGCUGUUUCUUAGAAAUGGAUAUCAGGCCAUGCCCUCCCCCUUGCUGGGCUUUAGUUCCCUCAUAUGUAAAAUGAAGGGAUGAGACCUAAAAGAGAAGGUCUUUUCCUCCAUCAAUACUACAGAAGUCCUCCUUAUCUUUCUCUCUCCCACUCUUCUUCAAAACUAUGGUUUCAUCAGUGUGUGGAAACUCUCAGAAUAGAAACUUCUUCCACAGAUACAAAUUCAUCAUUUUAUGGAACUGUUUGACAGAUCUCUGAGUUAGGGUCACCUGGAGUAAUAAGAGGUUAAGUGACUUGCCCAGAGUCACACAGCUGAUAUGCAUCAGAGGAAGGACUUAAACCCAGGUCUCACUAACUCACAGGAUGGUCUUCCAAAUACCUAUGCCAUGUUGGAUUUUCUUUAUAUUAGAAAGUGGAAACGAUGCUUUAAGUUGGCAAGGUUUACUUAAAAACUGUGGUGGCUAGACCUUCAAAAAGCUAUACCUACAGUAGUUGACAUUGUUCAGCAUCAAUUAGGACUUUGAAUCAUCAAUAAAAUACUCUGGAAUUUUUCCAGGCCUAGAUGUCUAUAACACAGAAAUUGGAAGACCAAGAGUAAGAAGGGGAUUUUGCAUAGACUUUUUUGCUAUUUUUUUAAACAUAGGCAUCCAUACAGUACAAUUUGAUCCACUUUGGAAUUACGAGCUUGGCCUGUGUUUAACACUUCCUAGCUUCAUGACCCUGAACAUUUGGGUCCCAGCUUCCUCUUUUAUAAAGUUAGGACAAUAACAUUUGGACUUCCCAUCUCACAAACGGCAUAAGAGAAAGAAGUGAGAGGCCAUUCUUAUAAACUCAGAGGCAGUGCCUUGGCAGGGGAGAUAUAGGCCCCAGCAGGAAAGUCUCUUGUUUCUUUUGCCCAAUUCUAGCAGCCUUGAAGGGCAAAGGCAGUGGGUCAGGUAAUGACCUCCAACAGGAGGAGAAGGGCUAAAAAAGAACAGCCCCCUUCACAGGAAGAUUGAGAGGGAUUAAGGAGUCCAAACAGAUUUAUUCAUCUGAUUGAACCCCUGCUUUAGUCUCAGCAUCAGUACUGGGCUCUGAGACAUUGGAAAGGCAUCCAUUAGCACUCACUUAACCCAGAGAGAUCUUCAGUGAGUUUUAAUCCUAGUGUCAUAUGGUGUGGUCAGGUCACCCUUUUACCAUACCAAUAGCCAAGGUGGAAAUGUACCAGGUGAUUUCAGAGGGUCAUGGAAAUUGAACAUUGUUUUAAGGGUCGAUCACUGCCCCUUCUGUCCCCAACCAACAUGUACUUGCACACGUGCGUACAUACACUUCUCUCUCCACUAACCCCCAGCAAAGUCAAUCUUAGAUUGUUGGUAACAGCUCUUCCCACUGUAUUCAUUUCCUUCUUUACCUAUUUUUUUAUUUUAUUUUUUCCAUUCUGAAGUAAUUGUAAUACCAUACAAACUCAGUUAAUUUUUGCAUUCGUUUUUCUCUUAUUCCUAGGCUUUAUUUUUAUUAAUGGGAAUGGGCAAUUUUUUAGGGGCCAGGCAGAGAAGUGUAACCAGAACUGGACCUGUGACUAGGCUUUUUGGUAGGGUCUGUCCUGUUCUUCCUCCCCAAUGUGGAGAUAUUUGGUGACGUGUGAGACUCAGGAAAGGAAAGGCAGAGUCAGGUUUUUGGAAGUAUAUUUAGGAAGUAGGUGCUGCUUUUGAGAAGGUGAAGUAUGUCUGUUACCCAGGUUGCCAAGCUUACUCAGUGUGAAAUGGAUGUGUUUUCACCAUUUGUGAUGAGACAGAAUCUCUUUUCUCCAGGAGAAAUAUGAGGAGGGAGUGAAGUGUAGCCUUGUUAAUGUGUAAAAUAGCAAAGCUUUAAAAUAUGUUAUUAUCUGGCCAUAUUGGUUGGAGGCAUUACUUUCUGUACCUGAUUUUUGUUUACUUUAGUCUUUCAUUAGCCAUUGAGCAAAUAAAAUGGGCCGGACCAUCUUGACAUCGAGGAAAAUAUGGCUGACUAGACCAUCUUGACAUCAAGGAAAAUAUGGCUGAAAAAGCCACUCAGUGUAUUAGAGCAAGCACCAGGAUAAAAACCUGGUUACAGAUUCAUAGAUUUAAAGGGGGGAAAGUCUUAGAGAUCGUCUAGUCUAGCCCACUUAUUUAUUACAGAUGAAGCCCAUAGAAGGCUCACCAAAGUUGAAUAUUUUGCUCAAAAUCCUAUUUAAGUGACAGCUUUGGAUUUUGAACUCAGGUCCCUGGACCAAGGCUCUUUUCACUCUGUCUUUCUGGGUCCAGUUUCUGGCUUUGCUACUUGCUAGCAUGGUGACCUUGAAUGAGCCACUUUUCCUUAUAAAUGCCUCCAUUUCCUUCUCUGAAAAAUGAAGGGCUAAAUGAUCCCUCUUGGGUCCAGUAUGGUGUUAGUCUGAAUCCAUUUCUAGAAUUAAAUACUGACCUGAUUUUCUGUGCUUUGUUGGGUAAUGGUUGAAGAGGCUAACUUUUCUCAGAAAUCAAAUGAAAAGAUUUUCCCUUAUCUUAAGACCCAGCGGAAUAAGGAGGUGAGACAUUUUCCAGUUCUGCAGCCCUGGACUAUGGGUCCUCAGAUGUGCAUCUUUUGAGGUACUUUCUUAGAAAAAUUUAACUGUUUAAACUAGCUGUGAGUGGCUUAGCUUUUUAACUAGGACUUCUCGCAGAGCUCCUUAGUGAACACUGUAGCUGGCACACAUAUUGGCUUGGUAUGGCUCCUUAAGCAGAAGUUGCUAGGUUUGCCCAGGAGGAGUUCAGGCUCAUUUGUCUUUGUUUGAGUAAGGCUGGACCAGUUAACUGUCUCUGAACCAGUGGUUAUUGAGUGGCAGGUCUGUAAUGUUGGGGCCACUCAGCUGGAGAGAAGAGGCAGCCCAGUGUAGACCCAUCAUUGAGAGGCUAUGGAUACCAGAGCCCUGGGAAUGAAAUUCUUUCUAGAAGGAUGGAUUUUGGAUUUUGAACAGGAGUCUACUUAGAAGCCAAGGUGAUUUUUAUUCAGAAAUGCACCGUUUCCCUUACAAUACCAAUGACCUCAAUAGCUGAGAUCUAGAAGUUUCUUCCAACUACUGAGAUCCCAACCUUUCAAUGCCUGACCUUCCUAGGUGACUCUGGUCCAUUUCCCUACAGGGGGUCUUCCCAGUGCUCUGGGAACCUUCCAUGAAUGAUGAAUUUUAGCAGGAGAUAUGGAAAAAAAGAAUGUCACCCUACUUUCCUCCCAACCCCCAAAGGCCAGUGAACCAUUUUCCAUUUCCAGCACUAUCUUGGCUAUGAAAGUAACUUCAUUUUUCAAGCUGAUGUGUCCUGUUGGGCUUAAAAUUCUCAGAUUUGCUUUUGAAAAAUGUCUCAUAUUUACAUUUCUUUGGUUUCUGCAUUUCUCUUUUUCUUCCCACCCUUUGUGCAUUUGUGACCAAGGUAACGCAACGCCUCCCCUCCUCAGGAGCAUCUACUAUCUUCAUGCUUUCUCAAACUUCCAGCAAUCAUAGUUUCUCUUGGAUUGAAUAAGGUGAUUUAUUUUCUUUCUGCUUACAAACUGCCUUGCCUUCUGCUUUGCUUUGCUUCUUUAUUUUGUCCUCUUUAUGGGGAAAAAAUGACUCCUUAGGGCUCAUUUCCACCUCCUCUAUUGAUGCAUAGUAUAUUUUGUCAUCUUUGAAAAGAUCAUGUGUUUCACCUUCUAAAAUUGACAGCCUGGAGAGGAAGCAAUUUACAAGAACUUGGGCUAUAAGUCAUUCAAAUGGCUUCUAGGUACACAACAGGACUCAGAAUUUUUUUCUCCCCCUCAAGAAGUAACAUUGUAUAGGGUGAAGAGUGCUGGACUUAAAGAGUCAGAAGAUUUGGAUUUGGGUCACAUCUCUGCCAUUCACUUGAGGGGUGGCCUUGGGCAAAUGAGUUCAGCUCUACAAGCCUCAAUUGCUUCUUCUGUAAUAUGGGGGAUGACUGUGGUUCUGAGUACAGUUAUGAGGAAAGCAGGAACUGGAAAGGCCCCAUUUAUUAAAAUGGCAUCCUUUGCCCAGAUUUUCACCUUGAGCACACCAUGUAGCCCUAGCAGAAUGCCCCAAAUGGCAAUGAAAAAGAUACGGUUUAUUAGCAAAACCAUAUGCUAACCAUGUUCUUUGCCAGUGCCAUUUGCAGACACACUGAAGUUCAACCUCCAGCAUUAAAACCAGUUUAAAAGUUGGGUUUCCCAAAACCAAACAAGUCUAGUUGUGAAGCUGUGAAAAACGAUAGUUGAGCUUAGUUAGUCCUUUGUGUAUUUGGUGUGCUUGUUGGAAGGCUUUCACUGUGUGCUACCAGGUAGGUUGCAAGAAUUUCAUAUGCUUUAAGUAUUUUUGCCUCACCAUUACAGAGAAAUCUGAACUGUAGCAAAGCAUCUGAUUGAUUAUCGGUCAGACCUCUCCUUUUAUGAACUUUCUCAGAUGAAUCUAAUGUAUUGUAACACGCACCUCCUUAUACCCAAAAAGUAGGAUGGUUUUUCAUGACGAGCAUUAACCCCAUUAAGAGGGGGAAAUGAAGAUGUUUCUCUUUUGGUUUCUGCUGUCGGCGUGGUGCACUUUGUAGUCUUUGAGAAGCAUAAAGAUGCAGGCCUUGGAAUACAGCAAGAAGUUUUUGAAAAUGUGCUUAAGCCUUGGAAAGCAUAGGGAAGAAGGUUCAGAGCUCAAAAGGCAAUUUGCAAUUCAUCCACCAUUUUCCUAUGCUCUCAGCACUGUCCUUGGUGCUGGAGAAAUAAGGGGGGAUGUUUUCUCAUUUAAGACAGUCCUUUCCCUCAUGCAGCUUGUCUUCUUUUGAGCCAGUUUAACGGGUGAGACCCAUCUGUCAUGGUCUUUCACCAUCAAAUAUGCUCAUUCCUCAUUUUUGUUGGUCCACUCAUCAAUUUUGUAUUUAUCUGAAGAUUUGAAAAGUAGAAAAAUAAGUAUUCCAAGAUCACAUCUAUAGAAUAACAAAUUAAUUUUAGCAUUGCAUGCUUGUUAGAAUUAGGGAUUACCGUUCAGGUGUAUCUGUCUCCACGUACUGUUGGUCCUGUAUCCAAAGGUAUGUCAAGCAUCUUUGUAAAUUACUCGUUCUAAAAAUGUAGCCAGGUUAGAUUUUUUGUGUUUUGGGGCUUGGGGUUUUUUUUAGUAUCAAGAUUGAUCCAAACUUUGAUUCUCCAUA